AUGCGGCUGCUACGGCUAAAAAUUGAGGAGCUGAAGCGGCAGUCGAUGAUCGCCCAGACACGUGCCCGCCACACGGAGCAGCUAAAGGAGGAUAUCAAGCAGCUGCAGUACGAGCUGACGGCACAGCGCGCCAGAGUCCAGGCCCUCACGGAGGAAGCCGAGAACCCGAAGAAUGCGCUGCGCUGGGAGAAGGUGGAAGGGCAAGACCCCACGCCGGAGGAGCUCGAGCGCAAAAUCACACACCUGCAGCGCCGCCUCAUUACAAAGUCGGAGGAGUGCGUGGAGAAAGACAUGGAGCUGCAGGAGAAGCAGCGCCUUGUGACGGAGCUGCAGAACAUACUCGCCCGCCAGCCCGGGCUUGAGGUGGCGCAGCAGCUGAAUGUGUAUCAGAAGGACCUGCAGCACAAGAAUGUUGUGAUGAAGCAGAAGGCGUCGGAGCUCAAUAUGACGUCGACGCACAUUUCAGAGUUGAAGUACGAGGCGGAGCGGCUACGGCGCGAGCUGCAUGAGACGAAGCGAAAGUACUAUGAAAUGCGGAUGAGCAACGAUGCCCUCUCAGAGGGUCUCUUGAACGGCAAGAAACAAAGACAUCCGCAGAAUCUACAGCAAACGUAA